CGUGAAAGUGAGGUCAGUUGUGGCGAGUUGCGAGCCUAUCUGACACCGUGUCAAGUAUGGCAGAACGAAAGAAGUCGAAGAAGAAGCUCUCUCAACGAGCGACGAUCUCGAGUCCGUUGGAUUUCGUGCAUGUACAACACGUCGGGUUUGAUCAAGACUUUGGACUUGCGACGCAGAACGUCGACGAGAAGCUGCAGGCACUGCUCGACACGAUCGGUCUGAAGGGCGUCGGUGGAAAGAAAGAGAAGAAGGCGAAGGAGUUUAUUCGGACGGUUAUGAAUGUGAAUGGAAGUGUGGAGGGGAGAGAGAGGAAGGAGAAAGAGGAGGUUACAGAGCAGGAGACAGUAGAGGGUGCAGAUGAUACAGUGGAAAUAUCAAGUCCUCCUUCCCCUGCAGUUGAUGCCGUGUCUGAUGCUCCAUCCAGUGAGAGCGUCGACUCAUCAGCUUCAUCCACCGACAUUGGAGAUGCCGACUUGUCUAUGGAAGACAAACGUAGAGUGUCCCUCAUUUGGUCAUUACUAACAAACAAGUCUACAACUGGUGUAGUUGCUGAUGUAAUUGCUGAAGAUUCUGCCAAGCAAAUAGAGGAACUGGAAGGUCAACUAGUGAAGAAAGAAGAAGAAGUGAAUCGACUUAGAGACGAGGGCUUGUCACUGGUACGACAAAACAAGAACUUGGAAAUGGAAAAUGCGAGUGUGAGAUCUCAGUGUGGUGCACUAAAGCAGGAGAAUGCAGCACUAACUAGACAGUACACAAACGUUAAGUUGACCAAAGACAAGGAGGCUGGCAUUAUAACAGAUUCCUUUGCUAUUCCGGUAAAGGAUAUUUUGAUGUUUGGUAAAACACUUGGAUCUGGAGAUCAUGCAACUGUUCGUGUUGGCCGUUGGUGCGGUGCUCCUGUUGCUGUGAAGAUGUUCAGCGGUGUCAUCGUGUCACAUAUGAACAAAUCCAUUUGCCAGCAGGAACUAUCAACGUGCUGCAAGCUCUCGCAUCCCAAUGUCGUCUCCAUCUUCGGAUACACGGCCGCGAACGAUCACCCUCUUCAGUUGGCAAUGGAACUCAUGGAAGGAUCCCUCAGCGAGGUGAUCGACGCCGCCAUCAUUUCCCACAACUACUUGACGCAACGAGAACAACUCGAUCUCGCCAUCGAUUGUGCAGCAGGUCUAACGUUUCUGCACUCAACGACACCCAAGCCGUACUCACACGGCUCACUGUGUGGCGCCAGCAUCCUCGUCACGUCGCUCCUCACGGCUAAAAUUGGAGAUCUCGGAGUGUCACACAUCGUCACCCAAUGUCUCAACAAGCAAUCAUUCAUAUCAAAGUAUAGAGCUCCCGAGAACAAUGGCAGCGUGUUUGUCAACACGGUCGCCGCCGAUGUAUACAGUCUGGGCUGUACGCUUGCUCAUCUCUUUAUGGGAAACGAGCUCGACGAGACGGUCACCGACAAACAACUGGAAUCGAUCAGCGACCCCGAAUUGAAUCUCGUCUGUGUCCAGAUGACGUCGAGUAAUCCAGUGGAUCGACUGACUUCUGUUCAAGCGUUAACUCUCUUGCAGCAGAAGACGCGCGACGAUGAGUACAGGAAAUGUCCCGGCAAGCGAAUGGCGAGCGGCAAGCUCGAGGGAUUGAAGCUCGUCCUCACGAAAGUAUAGCAAAUUAGAUCAGAGAUUUUCGCAAUUUAUUAUUUCGAAUAUAGAGACAGACGUAUGACGAUAGAUUGGGAGAUAUGAUUGACUCAAUUCGUAUGACAAGAUAUAUUAUAGGAUGCAUGAUAUGAAUGAAUUAUGAUAGUUAGAGAAUACUGUGAUACGUGUUAUAGAUAUAUCGGAUGUUCUCACGUAUUUACUCAACAUAAUCGAGGUCUGAAGGUAUACCAAA